UGGUCCUUAGCAGAAACAAAGCCAUGGGAACGACGGCCUUCUGCACGGUUGGAACGACAGCAUUUGGAAAACUGGGGGAUUUACUGGGGAAUUUUGAUAAAGAGGAAAAAAAAUAAUACCCGGCAGGGUCCCGCCCACAGCUGUAGGCGGGGCCCCGUUGUCCAAUCACACCCUUCAGUGAGAGGGCGGGCUCAUUUAGGGGCGGGGCCUAGGGCCCGCUCGAGUGACUGGCAUCUGGCAAGUAUCGCGGGAACAGGGAAAGGGAGAACGCUUUUAGCGCUUAGAAAUCACUAUGGUGACGGGAAGGUCGGGAGGCUUCUUGGUAACUGGUCGUAGCUCUGAGAGCAAUCGCCACCGCUCUCCGGGAACUUGAGCAUGUUCAUGCUCUUCAUGGUGCUAUUUGGUACCUCCAGGCUCUCUGCUUCCUGUGAUAAGAUAGAUACAGUUACUAUAGCUGAAAAUCUUGUGAAGUUGAAGACCCAGUGGAUACAGUCAAGUGGUAUUUAAAAUCUUUCUGGAACUGGAGACAUGAGGCUGAAGAUAUCGCUCUUAAAAGAACCAAAGCAUCAGGAGUUAGUGAGCUGUGUGGGUUGGACGACUGCUGAGGAGCUGUACUCCUGCAGUGAUGAUCACCAGAUAGUGAAGUGGAACUUGCUAACCAGUGAGACCAGUCUAAUAGUAAAGCUGCCUGAUGACAUCUACCCCAUAGAUCUUCACUGGUUUCCCAAAAGUUUAGGCAUGAAGAAACAGACUCAGGCAGAAAGCUUUGUCCUCACAAGUUCCGAUGGUAAGUUUCAUCUGAUUUCCAAGUUAGGAAGAGUGGAAAAAAGUGUAGAAGCCCACUGUGGAGCUGUGCUUGCAGGAAGAUGGAACUAUGAGGGGACCGCAUUAGUGACAGUUGGAGAAGAUGGACAGGUGAAAAUCUGGUCAAAGACGGGGAUGCUCAGGUCAACAUUAGCUCAGCAAGGAAUACCAGUGUAUUCAGUAGCAUGGGGCCCUGAUUCAGAAAAGGUUCUUUAUACAGCAGGCAAACAGCUCAUCAUUAAACCUCUUCAGCCAAAUGCUAAAGUUUUACAGUGGAAAGCCCAUGAAGGCAUUAUUUUAAAAGUCGAUUGGAACUCAGUCAACGAUCUUAUUUUAUCUGCUGGUGAAGACUGUAAGUAUAAGGUUUGGGAUAGUUAUGGUCGCGUGCUGUACAGUUCUCAGCCUCACGAGCACCCUAUUACCUCGGUUGCCUGGGCUCCGGAUGGAGAGUUGUUUGCUGUUGGUUCGUUUCAUACUUUACGCUUGUGUGAUAAAACUGGGUGGUCAUAUGCUUUAGAAAAACCCAACACCGGCAGCAUAUUUAAUAUCGCGUGGUCCAUUGACGGCACUCAGAUCGCUGGGGCCUGUGGGAACAGCCAUGUUGUCUUUGCACACGUGGUGGAGCAGCGCUGGGAGUGGAGGAACUUCCAGGUAACCUUGACGAAGAGAAGGACCAUGCAGGUUCGUAAUGUUCUCAAUGAUGCUGUGGACUUACUGGAGUUCCGAGACAGGGUUAUCAAAGCGUCUUUGAACCAUGCACACUUAGUCGUCUCAACGUCCCUCCAGUGCUACGUGUUCUCUACGAAGAACUGGAAUACACCACUUAUAUUUGAUCUCAAAGAAGGAACUGUUAGUUUAAUUCUCCAGGCAGAAAGACAUUUUCUUCUGGUAGAUGGUGGUGGUAUCUAUUUGCAUUCUUAUGAAGGGCGCUUCAUUUCUUCUCCAAAGUUUCCUGGAAUGAGAACAGAUAUUCUGAAUGCACAGACCGUGUCCCUGAGUAAUGACACCAUAGCAAUCAAAGACAAGGCUGAUGAAAAAAUAAUCUUCCUCUUUGAAGCAUCAACUGGAAAACCCUUAGGGGAUGGGAAACUUCUUUCUCAUAAGAAUGAAAUCUCAGAAAUUGCUCUGGAUCAAAAAGGACUUACCAAUGACAGAAAAAUUGCUUUCAUUGAUAAAAAUAGAGACCUCUACAUCACCUCAGUGAAACGAUUUGGGAAAGAAGAACAGAUUAUUAAACUUGGAACCAUGGUGCAUACGUUAGCAUGGUGUGAUACAUGCAAUAUCCUCUGUGGACUUCAAGAUACUCGAUUCACAGUGUGGUAUUACCCUAAUACCAUUUAUGUGGACAGAGAAAUUUUGCCUAAAACAUUGUAUGAAAGAGAUGCAAGUGAAUAUAGUAAAAACCCCCAUAUAGUGAGUUUUGUUGGCAAUCAGGUGACUAUAAGGAAAGCUGAUGGCUCCCUGGUACACAUCAGCAUAUCACCGUACCCUGCCAUCCUCCAUGAAUACGUGAGCAGCUCAAAAUGGGAAGAUGCUGUAAGGCUUUGCCGCUUUGUUAAGGAGCAAAGCAUGUGGGCUUGCCUAGCGGCUAUGGCGGUUGCUAAUCGAGAUAUGAUUACUGCGGAGAUAGCCUACGCGGCAAUUGGUGAAAUUGAUAAAGUUCGAUACAUCAAUGCUAUAAAAGAUCUUCCAUCUAAAGAGUCAAAAAUGGCCCACAUACUAAUGUUUAGUGGGAACAUACAGGAGGCUGAGACAUUACUUCUCCAGGCUGGCCUCAUUUAUCAAGCAAUCCAGAUCAACAUUAAUCUCUAUAACUGGGAAAGGGCACUGGAGUUGGCUGUAAAAUACAAAACCCAUGUUGAUACAGUUCUUGCUUAUCGUCAGAAAUUUUUGGAGACAUUUGGUAAACAGGAAACUAAUAAACGAUAUUUGCAAUAUGCAGAAGGUCUCCAAAUAGACUGGGAGAAAAUCAAAGCCAAAAUCGAGAUGGAAAUUACUAAAGAACGUGACCGAUCAUCCAGCAGCCAGUCUGUCAAGAACGUGGGCUUAAAGCACUGAAUGCCAUGCUGACCGCUAAACUAGUUCAGAGUAACCAAAGAUAUGCAUGUUUUGUUUGCUUUAAAAAAAAGGCAUAAUUUUAAGGCUAGUGUUGUCUCUGAAUGGUAGAGUACUUGCCUAGCAUGCAUGAGGCCUUGGGUUUGAUUCCUAGCACUGUCAAAAGAAAAAGGCAUUAUCUUUAAAUAAUUGUAUGCACUUUCCAUGUACUUAAUACUAAAAGUACGUUCAGGAAGAUUAAGCACAAAAUAAUUGAUAUAAUUCCAUCAUUUAUAUUUUUCUAGUCUAACAAUUAACAAAAUAUUUCUAUAUGCUUAUCUAUGCCCGAGUAAUGUUGAUUACAUUCCAGUUUUUUUAUUUCUUUAUUCCUGGUUCUUUAGUAUGAAUAGCUAUUAAUGCUUAUAAUAAAGCCUUGAGUUAUUUAUAGUGUAUGUUAUUGUUAAUUUUCAUUUGAUCUGUAAAUUGUAAAGUAUCUCCCAUAGUUUGUAAAACAAAAAUACAUGAGGAUGGGUUUGGGGAAAUGUUACAAUGUGGACGCUUGUACACCAUAGUUGAUAGUGUUGUUCAAACAACAAAAGCUGGGAACAACUCAGGUGUCCAUCCACUGGCAGUUACAUAGAGCAAUGUGGUAGUCUCAGGCAGUGGAAUUAUUCUCUCAUCAGAGGAUUGAAUUGCGACAAAUGCUGCAGCAUGGAUGUGCCUUGGGAAACUUACUCUCCGUGCAGUGAACAUACCACAGAAGUCAGUCCUGGGAGAUUGUGCGUACACAAGGCACCUAGAAUAUGCAAGUUCCUCCAGGCACAAAAGAGAAGAGAGGAACAGGGUCUGGGGGAGGGAAGAUUGGGGUCUUAUUGUGUAACACGUGCACAGUUUCUGUUUGGGGUGAGUAAGUUCUAGAAUUGGAGAACGAUAAUGGUUGCAUAACAUUGUGGACGUUAAUGAAUCUCAACUGUCCUCUUACAAAGGGUUAAAGUGAUGAAUGUUAUUUUAUUUGUUUACCAUAUUGAAAAGGAAGUAGGCAAACUCCCUUUUCUUCAUUUUCCUUCUGACUUAAGAAUGUUUAGGCAUAAGACCUAGAAUCUGAAUUUUCAAAGCUUGCCUCAGUGGGUAAACCUGUUUGACUGGCCUUGAUCUAGUAUAUCCCAAAUUACUGUCCACCAAAGCUUUUUAACAGUGACACAGACAUCACUCUCAAGUGUCCCUGAACCUGUUCUUGGUGCAUUACAGAGCUCAUGCACACUCACUGGGAAACAUUUCCUCUUUCCCCUCCAUUAUAAUUCUCAUGUAGGAUUCUUUCAUAGAAAUGCUCCUUCUCAAUGUGUUCCUUUUCUUUUAUGAAAUGUUGGACUGUUCAAUUCUUGGUCCAGAAUUUGGAUACAAGAGUGUGUGUUAAGUUCAUGAAAUCUAAGGAAUUUACUUAUAUGUUAUACAUGUUUUCUACAUUGUUGAAUUUCAGUGUAAUGUUUAAAAAGAAAAAAAAAUGGUCAAAGGUUAAAUUUUAUGUUAAGUAUAUUUACCACAAUAAAAAAGUAAAAAGUAAUGAAGUAAGUCUGUAUUCUUUGAUAUUUUACAAUUAAUUCACUUUUGACACUUAACUGCCUAGAGUUAGCAAUAGACACCACAAAUGCCAUGGACCACAGCUGGAUUGCCUUGAGUUCUGGAGUCCACAGACUAUCUGCCCUUGUGUCUGAUAUGGCUAUACAUCUGGGAUUCCCAUAAAACCUCUCCAUUUCAGGUACCAGUCCUGCUUCUCUGUAUCAUCCAUUUUCCCAUCUCUGGAAAGGACAUUGACCAUUGUUGCUGAUCUAGAUUAUAAGCGAUGAUACUGGUCUUGCAAGUAAUUCUCCCUCUGUCCACUCCAUACAGUGUCAAGAUGGAGAACUCUCAGCUCCUUGUCCAGCACCAUGUCUGCCUGCAUGCUGCCAUGUCCUGCUAUGAAGAUAAUGGACUAAAUUUCUGAAAUUGUAACCUCCUGCCCCCAAUUAAAUGCUUUUCCUUUGUAA